AUGUCUCGAGCGGAAUAUUAUUUGGCACUUUGUUUACUCGAUGCACUGGAUGAUCAAUGUCUGGAAUCGAUUCGGGUUCUUUUGGAAGUGCACAAAGCUAACCCUAACGCUAUUGUAUUGGAGAAAAAUGUUGCUCCGAUUCAUCUAGUGAUAGGGGUGGAAGAUGAGCGACUUGCCGAACAAAUGACCCGCCUCAUGCUGCAACACGGGGCUAACCCAAAUCUCAGCACCAGUACGGAAGGAAUGACCCCGUUGCAUGUUGCUGCCAAUUUGGGGCGGGUAAAGUUGGUCGAGCUUCUGCUACAAGCCGGCGGAGAUAUGGAUUUGAAAGACGACGAUUUAAAGACACCCGUGCAGUAUGCUGUCGAGGAGAGCCAUUACGAAGUCAUCAAAGCUAUGCAGAACUUUGCAUUUGAGAAAAAGUUUGAAAGGAAACGGGAACAAGUGAUGCAACAAAACAACAGCAGUUUCGGAAGUGGAUAUGUGAAAUGUUUUGGUGGUUAUCUCAAAGUGACCACUCCAACCAAAAACUGUUUGUCUGCCGUUCAAGCUUUAGAAGAGAACAAACUGACUCCGAAUAGAAUUCACUAUAAUUUCGAUGUCACUUCGCCGUAUUACAUCAAUAUAACUCAUCGAAGGAAAAGUCGGGCAAAAAUAGUUAGCGACAAUAAUCCUAAACCCAUUGCACUCUUUGAACAGGCUGAGCAGCAAGAAGGAGCUGAUGACACGAAAGAAUGUUCUGAUGAGGAAGAAAUUGUGGUAGGACGGAAAAACUUAUUUGAAUUAACCGAACGUAAUUUGAUAGAUUUUAGUAGAAAUAUGACUGAGACGGGCAGAAGAACGUCUUUUAUUGAGUGUUGGCGGGACAAAGUUUCGGCUCUACGUUUGAAAAACAAGUUAAGUACUAAUAUUGACGACAUUGAGCGAAUUUUGUCAGGUUUUUCCGAGAAUAGCCUAAAUGAAGAACCAAAGGAGGACUUGUUGCUUGAACAAAAUAGUAACAUCAGUAUUUUUAGUUCAGACGCAGAGCAAGAUGUCCUUUUCCAAACUGCUACUGAAGAGCCGGUGCUUUAUGAGGAUAGUCUAAAUACAAACGAAUUCGCUCGUGAGCUCUUAACUCCGCCAAAAUCGCUAAACACUUCUAAAACACCUUUACCAGAGUCUUACGGUAACAUUGUUCAAAUUACGGAAGAGUACAUCCAUACAGACGAUGAAGCUGGUCUGAUAUUUUAUGAGAAAAAGUUUCUUUGCGAACGCACAUUCAAAGUGCCACUUCCUCCUGACCAGCGACGCAACCUAUCACUAUCUAGCCAGUCGACUAUUGUCACACUGCCAUCGUUGGACUAUGACACCGACGCCCUACGGGCGGAGCUAACAAACUUUGGCGAACCGCCUGGCCCUAUCACCAGACACACAAAAAAGUUGUACCUGAAGAAGUUGAUCAAAUACAAACGAGAUCCGGAGCGAGCAAUCGCCUCGGUCAAGAAUAAACAUCCAAAUUUCUCGGUAGAACUCUUGUCUACUAUGCGAAACGAGGAUGUCUUCCUGCAGAUAACUGACCAUACCGCACUGGAGACGGAAAUGUCAACUGAAUUUCAAACCACCACUAACAAAGCGUGGCGCGAGGGUCAUCUAAAGAAGAGUUUCAUCUAUCUGCUGAUUGAUCCACGCGUUUCGGAAAAUCUUCCCGCUCAACAGAAACUCCUUUCGCCACACGAACUAUGGAAACGUUUUUUGGUUUCUAUUUUUUACGUCGGCAAAGGAAAAUCCAGCCGGCCGUACUGUCAUCUGUACGACGCGAUGAAGUUGUACCAGCAAAAGUCAACCGGCCAACAAAACUUGAAUCCACCGUCCACAGAAACACUGCUGCAGGUCGAGGAGGAGCAAAUAAUUUUUCAAAGCGAGGAACGAAUAGAACGAGUCUGCCGCGCAUCCAAAAUUCUUAACCGUAAGCAGAUGACCGAUAGUGCCAAACUGAACCGGAUAAUCGACAUCUGGCGCUCGCAGCAGGGUGUUAUUUGCCUGCAUGUGUUCCACAGUAUUAUGCCAGCCGAAGCUUACACUCGGGAGGCGGCAAUUAUCGAUGCAUUCGGAAUACAGAAUCUGACUAACCUCAAACGUGGCGAUUACUACGGCAAAACCUUGUCCUGGCCGAUGAAACGCCGAAAACAGUUGGGCAUUUUGCUGCUCUAUAAGGCAAUGUUGAUAUUUCUGGCAGAAGGCGAAACGCAACUGCUGCCAAGUGAUCUAAUCUAG